AACCACCCCGCUCAAAUUUCUCAUCGCAGACCAAAACCACUUCACACUCGAUCAACCCAAGAGCACCCAGGACCUCCAAGCCGGCCAAGGAACAGAGCAUCGAAGGAAGAAGAAGAUGUGUCCGAUCAAGAAGGAGAUGAGCGGGGAGUCCGGCUCGCCGUGCAGCGGGGAGAACUUCUACUCGCCCUCCACGUCGCGGGAGCAUCAGCAGGCGAAGCAGGCGGCGUGGACGUCGGCGCCGGCGAAGCGGCCGGCGGGGCGGACCAAGUUCAGGGAGACGCGGCACCCGGUAUACCGCGGCGUGCGGCGCAGGGGCAAUGCCGGGCGGUGGGUGUGCGAGGUGCGCGUGCCCGGCAGGCGCGGGAGCAGGCUCUGGCUCGGCACCUUCGACACCGCCGAGGCCGCCGCGCGCGCCAACGACGCCGCCAUGAUCGCGCUCUCCGCCGGGGGCGCGGGCUGCCUCAACUUCGCCGACUCCGCCGAGCUGCUCGCCGUGCCGGCGGCCUCCUCGUACCGCAGCCUCGACGAGGUCCGCCACGCCGUCGUGGAGGCCGUCGAGGACUUCCUGCGGCGGGAGGCGAUCGCCGAGGAGGACGCGCUCUCGGGCACCUCGUCGUCCGCGCCCUCCUCCCUCACCGACGACGAGUCGUCCUCUUCCCCGCCCGAGGACUCGCCGUUCGAGCUGGAUGUCCUGAGCGACAUGGGCUGGGACCUGUACUACGCGAGCCUGGCGCAGGCGAUGCUGAUGGCGCCGCCUUCUUCCAUGGCCGCGGCGCUCGGCGAUUACGGCGAGGUCGAUGUGCCACUCUGGAGCUACCAGAGCUAGCUAGCUAGUUCGCGCCAGUUCGAAUAUUUUACCUUUCUUUUCUGUCCGUCGUCUUGGCUUCCGAUCGAUGCCAAAAAUUUGGUGCCGCUGUAGGGUCACUGCUUGCAGUUUCUGGUAAUGUGAUGGUGCGAAUUGGGGAAACAGAGCAUGGCUUAUUGGUUUUUGACU